AGGGCAAUCUUGGAAUUUCAGCCUCUAUCCUCUUGGUAUAUUUUACGCUCCAAAACUCCAAGAAAACAGAGAAAGAAGAAAAACAGAAAGGAGAAGAAGAAAAUUGCCGGGCAAAGUUAACAGAUUAUUAUGAAAAGCAAAACUCAGAUGGGAGAAGUGAUAAUAUAUGUAGAUGAAUAUAAAUUCAUCUCUGCUUCAACAUAUUUAUGUAGAAUUUGCCAUGACGAAGAAUUUGAAAGCUGUAAAAAUUUAGAAGCUCCUUGUGCAUGUUCUGGAACUGUCAAGUUUGCACACAGGGAUUGUAUUCAAAGAUGGUGCAAUGAAAAGGGAAAUACAAUCUGCGAAAUUUGUUUACAGAAAUUUGAACCUGGAUACACGGCUCCACCUCCUAAGAAGGCCGACUUGCUUGAUAAUACAGCUGCGACAAUUAGAGGAAAUGCAGAAGCAAAUAUAGAAAAUGGAAGGGAAAGAGUGGUUGUUUUGGAGUCAGAUUCAGAAGAAGAAGGACAAAUGCUGGUGAGGAGUCAGUAUUCUGAAUGCUCACAAGCAGCAGAUAGAAGUGCCUCUUGUUGUCGAACUGUUGCUCUCAUUUUCACAAUUCUGCUUAUGAUGAGACAUCUGCUAGAGGUGCUCAAUGGAGGACCAAGAAACUAUCCCUUUACACUUCCUACACUGCUUAUUAUAAAAUCCACUGGAAUACUCUUGCCCAUGUACAUUAUAGUCCUGUUAAUCACAAGAAUUCAGAUUAUCAUUAGACAGCAGUAUAUGGUAAUCUCAUUUCUAUAUAUUUUGUCAACUCAAUCCAACUUCAAGUCCAAUCAUUUUCUAACAUGUUCGUUAGCUCCAUAAAUACAAUCUAAAUAUUUUGUUUGUUUCUUUAUUCAGGAUACAGAAGACAGGUUAUCCAACUCUGACCAAGACAACUAAUACGAGAGUCCUCCCCAAUUGUUUAUUUUUUUCAUUAACAAUGUAAUUUGUAUUUUCUAAGCAUCAUGCUGAUGCUCAUCUAAUUGGUUUUUUCCAUACACGUGGAGAGUAAUGAAAGUUUCACAACAGAUUCCUUGGCAGUUAGAUUGAUUA